AUGAUGCCGAGCAGCAGACAGCGUCAGUUGGCCUUGGUUACCCAGUUGACAAGUACGCGCUUGGACCCGCGCCGCUCGUUGAGUGAACAAUUGGGAAAAUACGAGGAACUCAUCAGGGAGUACGAGCGGGUGGCCGGGACAAGGUACGCCGAGGACCUGAUGAUCAGUACGCUGGUUUCUGCUGCGCCGGCCGCGCUUCAGGCUCAACUUCAUAUGUCGUUGGGCCCCGACACUACGUACCUGCAGGUUCGGGACAAGAUCCUCCUCUACGAGCGGUCCACGGCGAGGUGGCAGUCGGGCACUUCCUUGGCGAUGCCCUCCCUGCACACCGGCGAUACAGCUACGCCAAUGGAAGUGGAUCGUGUGGAGAAGGGCGGCAAGAAAGGCAAGGGCAAGAAGGGUGCCAGCCCCGACGGGAAGGAUGUGAGCAAAGGCAAAGGCACCAAGGGCAAGAAGGGCAAGGGAAAGGGUGGCAACGCCAAGACCACCCAAGAAUGCUAUGUUUGUGGAAAGCGCGGGCAUUUUGCUCGAGAUUGCUGGAGUGCCGGUGCCAACCCCAAGGGCAAAGGCAAGGGCAACAAAGUUCGGCAAGUGCAAGAGCAGAGCGACCCCCAGACUCCGGUACCACCUUCCUCGGCGUCUACUACCAGCUCCACGGCACCCCCUUCGGUGAGUUCGGCCGGGCAACACAAUAAAGGAGUGCGCUUGGUGAGGAUGGUCACCCCACCGACGGCGCCGAUCCUGGAGGUCUACGAUAUGGCCAGCGACCCCGGCGACGAGGUUAACAUUGAGUACUCUGUGCGGGCCGUGACGGUGCUAAAGUAUAAGGGGGCGUACCUCUCUCCGGGCGGUGCGGCCACCGAGGGCAAGGAGUGCGAGAUCAUUUUGGAUUCGGGGGCCGACGCCUCUAUGAUCCCCGAGUCCUUUGGCCACCUUGGGGAAAAGGAGCUUGGCGUGAGCACCCCGCAGCUAGCGGACGCACAAGGCAACCGUAUUGCCAGCAGGGGCGUGCGAAAAUGCGAGUUCAUGCUCGAGGACGAGGCCGGCCAGCGCUACCUCAUUCGGGAAAGUUGCGUGGUGGGCCCCGUCAGGUGCCCUUUGUUGGCCGUGGGAAAGCUCCUUCGCAAAGGCUGGCAGCUGAAGACCGGUGCCGGCCCGGGAGACCUUUUGCUUGAGGAGCCGUUCGGCAGGCGAACCCCCGUGGGCUAUCGCAAUCACAGCCUUGUGGUGCGAGGACACGUGCGAGCAUUGACCGAGAUCCCGAGGUCGUUGCCAGCACGAGUGCCGGCCAUUGAGUUGCCCGAGGAGGUGCUGAACAAAGUGGGCCAGGAGGGCAUGCACAACCUGCCCAAUGGCUGGAAGAUGCACUUCUCUUCGGCAGCCACGACCCUUCUGGAUGGCCGGGACUGGUACGACGCAGACUAUUGGUGCUGCCGAACCACCUUCCUGCAGACCGAUCGCAACAGGUGGCUGCAGGUGGAGAACAGUGCGGAUUAUUCCUAUGAGGAUAAUCCCUAUGGCAUGGUUUCGCGCGAGCCGGUGGCGAGGGUCACUCUUUUCAACAUGACCCCGUUCGACGAUGCUUGCUUUCCUGGUGGCUUGGAACCCAAGGCUUCGGAGCGAGGCCGCUAUGAGCCAUCGCCGGUUUCUCCGCCGAGGUUGUUUCUUGGGAGGCCGGGCGACUAUAUGGAGGAUGGCAGCCAGGCCGCAGACGCGGGGCAAGCAAGCAGCAGCGGGCAAGUGCAGCAGCCAGCCGCGGACCAGGGCGAGCCAGAGGAGGACGAUGAUGCCAUGGGUGCACCACCGGCGGGCCUGACGCAAGAGGAGCUGGAGUCCUAUAUCGGGACAUGGGCGGCCAAGGCCGCGGAGGAGGACACAGCAAGGCUUCCACAUGGGGAGCGUGCGCCAGAUGCCGUUCCCGAUGCCGACGCGCAAGCCCGACAUCGCCUCACCCACGUUCCUUUUGCCUCUUGGUGUGCUUCUUGCGUGAAGACAAGGAGCCGUGACGACCACCACCGCCGCAAUGCUCACGACAAUGUGGUUCCGGUGGUGCAGGUGGACUUCUACUACACCAAGGUGGACACAAAGAGCCGGCCCAACCCCGACGCGCACCAGGAGUCCACCAACCUUAUCGCGGUGGACCUCCAGACUCGCAUGGUGCUUUCUGUGCCUGGGCCCGACAAGGGCCCUGGGAUGCUUAGACAGGCCGCCGAGGAGCUUACCAGGUUUACGGUCAGCUUGCACGGGGAGGAGACCAUCACCAUGCAGUCCGAUGGCGAGCCCAGCGUGAAGUCCCUGGUCAGAAGUGUGGCUGCCGCCAGGCAGCGGCUGGGGAAGCGCGCCAACCAGCGCACAACUCCCGUUGGCGACCACGCUGCCAACGGGGCAGCAGAGCGAGCUAUCCAGACGGUGCGCCGGCUGGGAAAUUGUUUUGCCGAGGCCUUUGAGGAGCGAGCCGGGAAGCUCAGCGUGGGCAGUCACCUCCGAGUUUGGGUGCAGGGCCACGCAGCGUUUAUUUACAAUCGUUUUCAUGUCCUCCCGGGCCUCAACAAGACCCCCUUUGAACUGGCCUACGGUGGCAAGCUGUUUGAGCAAAAGCUGUGCGAGUUUGGUGAGAUAGUUUAUGGUCGGGUUCUUCGCAAGUACAAGGGCGAGGCGCAAUGGAUCAAGGGCGUGUGGUGCGGCAUCAACCCGCGCAACGGCGCCCACCGUUUGAUGAGCACCUUUGGCCACAUCGAGUGCAACGCUGUUCGGAGGGGCACCGCAGAGGUGCAGAUGACCGCGGCGGAGAUUGAGAAGGAAAUGUUCGGCCUCCCGUGGGAGCAUGGCAUCGUGGAGAAAAGGCGCCAGGCGAAGCGGAGGCAAGCCCCGACCGCCAUCGGCGCACCAGUGCUCACGGAGCCGGCCGGGCUUAUUGCCCCACCUACGCCAGCUACCCCGGGGAGAGCUUCUCUGCCCGCAACACCUGCUUUGUCUUUGGCGCCGCCUAGCCCUGCAGAGCCUUUUCAGACUGGAGGAGCCGGGGCCGAUGAGGCUGGAAGCGACCCGCCGACCAGCAAUGCGGGGAGCAGCUCUGAGGACGAGCUUUUGGCUGCAGCGGAGGCCAGCCCCAGCGGUGUGAAGCGCAAGGCUGAGGGAGACAUUGCGGGCGCGACCAGGCCUAAGCAAGCACCUGUGGUUGAGAGCCAAGCUCAGGGCACCAAGCGGAAGCCAGAGGACGAUGCCGAGAAGCCCGGGGAUGGACCCAGCAUACGCUUGGUCGAGACAGUGGACGCAGAGUGGCAUGAGGCGGCCUAUGAGGCGAAGCCCGUGGUAGGCGAGAUCCUGGAGGACGGCCUCCCCGGCGAGAUGGGCGAUGACAUGCCGCCCGACUUGGCCGCCGCCGAGCUUGCCGAGCUGGACGAGGCAGCAGAGAUAGCAGAGAUUGAGCGUUUGGAGCAGAUGGGCGUGUUGCUCCCAGACCGGGGCGAGCCGAUGGAUGAGGACGAGACGUUCGCGCCAGCGUCGGUGGCCGCAUUGGGCCGCCUGGUGCCGAUGAUGGCAAUGAUGUGGGGCACUCCCAUCUAUGUGCUCGACAUCAAGGACGCGUACCUCACCGUGGAGCAGCCCGAGGACGAGCCGGUUGUGAUUACCUCCCCAGCUUCGUGGUACAAGCGCCACGGCACCCACAAGCAGUGGCGGCUGGGACGUGUGCUCCCAGGGCAACGCCGAGGAGCACAAGAGUGGUACAGCAAGUUCAACCGCGACCUCAGGGCCAACCACCUUGAACCCAUGCUCGAGGCCCCCACGCUGUACCGACACCUGGCUGGUCAGUUUGCUGCGCAACUUCAUGUUGAUGACAUGUUGUCUUCAGGUGUUGCCGAGCUAGGUGAGCCCCUCUACGCCAACCUCAAGGAGCAGUACACAGUCAAGAUUGCAGGCCCCUUUUCCAAGCCUGGUGAUGAGUUUGAGUUUCUUAAGCGGAGGUACUGUGUCGAAGACAAUGGGAGCAUCACUGUGAGGCCAGCUCUGCGGUUCUACUAUGAUAUCUGGGAGCUGGCCGGCAAGCCGAAGACGAGAAGCACUCCGGGCCCACAGGAUAUGGUGUUUGGCGUGGACGAUAGUGACCUGCUUGACCCUAAGCAGGCCACCGACUUCCGCACCUUUGUGGGCAAGCUUCUUUAUAUCAGCAAUGAGCGCCCAGACGCUCAAGUGGUGAUACAGUAUCUGGCGUCAAGGGCGAGCUCCCCAACAGUGACUUCAAAGAGGGUGGUGGAGCAUUUGGCGGGCUACCUUUGGGCCACGCAAGGGCAUGGAAUCAAACUGUGCCCACGCCAAGGGCGAUCCGUGAUGCGCACCGAGGACCCGCCAGGCCCAGGGGGCGACCCGCAACCAGGCCGCAGCGCAGCAGCCAAGCACUUGGUCGAGGCAGUGUCCGACUCGAACUUUGCCAACGACAGGACCGCCAGACGAAGCCUUAGCUCAGGACAGUUGUACGUGAAUGGGGCUUUGGCUUUCUCCUUUGUGCGAGCCCAGAAAGUUGUCACAACAAGCUCGGGUGAAGCCGAGCUGGUGGCCCUCACUCAAACAGUGGGUGAAGCAGUGCUUCUGCGGAAGGCUCUCGCCUUCUUGGAGGGCGCCAGGGACGCUGAUGUGGAACUGGUUGCCCGGACAGACAGUUCUGUGGCCAGGGCCAUAGCCGCGCGAAGCGGCGUGGGCCGGGUGAAGCACUUGGCAACGUCUUGUUUGUGGUUGCAAGGCUGGGUGGCGCGAAAGGAACUACGAGUCGCCGCCAUCCCCACCGAGGUCAACCCAGCGGAUGUGGGGACGAAGGUGCUGGCUGCACGAAGGCUGGCAAUGCUUCUGUUUAUCCUUGGCAUGGUCGGGGAGAACGGCGAGCGCAUUGGCCGACGCGAGUUCGAGGAACGCGCUGCCCGACAAGGAGGCCGCCAGCGCAGUGUGAUGAGGCUGGCGCAGAUGCUUGUGGCAAUGCAGCUUCAAGGGUGCAGCGCCGAAGGCGAAGAUACGGCAGCGACACUUGAGGGCAUCCUUGUGAAGUUUGCCUUCUUCCUGGAGUAUGUCAUGGCCCUGGUUGCGAGCAACCCCGGGAUCAUGCUGUGCAUCGUGGUUUUUGCGGUGAUCCUUGCUGCGUUGUUUGCUGGGAGCCAGUUGCAAUGGACAUUCAAGCUCGAAGUGUCCAACAACAAAGGGCUUGAGCCGGCUACGAAGGACAACGAGAACCAAACGAAGGACGACGAGAACCAAACGAAGGACCACGAGAACCAGACGAAGGACCACGAGAACCAGACGAAGGACCACGAGAACCAGACGAAGGACCACGUGAACCAGACGAAGGACCACGUGAACCAGACGAAGGACCUCGAGAACCAGACGAAGGACCACGAGAACCAGGACGUGUACCUGGACCGGCUGUACGCUCAGGACCCAGAGGUUCGUGAAGGAGGUGAGGCACUCGUGAUGAGCCUGACCGAGAUGGUGCUGUAUGCACCGACCAGAGGGUAUGCGUUCCAUUUG